UGAGAUUCUCAUGGAAAACUUAUUCAAAGUGCUUGAUAGAAGAUUCAUCGUUUCAAAAUUACAGAAAUAUGACGCAUAAAUGUCAUUCUACCUGUUCCCAUAUCGUGAUUAUUGGGGACUAUACAAAGGAGGAUAUUAUUGAAAAGCAACAGUUGUCUCCCUGUGAUUCAUGUGAUAAUACUGGACCUAAUUUAUGGGUAUGCCUUCAUCGGGACUGUCUUUAUGUUGGUUGUAGUGAUAAUGUUAACUACCAUAGCAUUAAACAUUAUCAGAAAAACAGUCAGCAUUCUCUUUUCCUAAAUCUUACUACUCUACGAGUUUACUGCUUGUUGUGUGAGUGUGAAGUGUUUUUGGAAAAUAAUGACCCUCCUAUUCCUGGGAUGCUACCAUCUCAUCCAUUAAUGAACAAAUCUGAUACUGAUUCAGAGGAUGAGUCAGAAAGUCGUGGUGAAGGCUUAAAGCCAAAAGGUUUGACUGGCUUACAAAAUCUAGGCAACACUUGCUAUAUGAAUUCAGCUAUACAAGCAUUAUCAAACUGCCCUCAAUUAUCAAAUUUCUUCCUGGAAUGUGGAGCUUUUGUACAUUUCGAAAAGAAACCAGGUUUAUCCAAGAGUUUUUUGAGGCUCAUGAAGGAAAUGUGGCAUAAAAAGAGGCCAAGUUAUGUAGUCCCAUCUGGCAUAGCAUAUGGAAUAAAAAUGGUAUUCCCUGUUUUUAGAGGAUAUACGCAACAAGAUGCUCAAGAAUUUCUUAGGUGUUUCAUGGAUCAGCUUCAUGAAGAACUGAAAGAGCCUGUAGUUGAAAUGAUUGGAAUGUCAUCUACCCCUGAAAGUCAGGAAGAAUUAGAUAGUGCCCGUGGGGAUUCUGCCAUUCCCAUUUCAGACGAUUCUAGUCAAUCAGAUGGUGAUUAUGAGACAUGUGACUCUGGGUUAAGCAGUGAGAUGAGCUCUUGUGCUGAUGAAAUUACAGAUCCGCAAGAAAAAACUUCAGAGCCGCCUAUUAUUGAAUUGGCAGACCUUUCGGUAUCUUGUUCUACACAAUUUUCUACCAAGCCUGCUAAGGUAAAAGCUUCAGAUUCUCAAAGUCUUAUAAAUUUGGAUUUAGGCAGUGGUGACUCCUCACUUGUUGAAACUGUGUUAGCUGCAAAUGAUGACAAAAAUAAAGACUACAACCCAGACCUGUCUAUACCAAAUACUACCAGAAUCAAUGAAAAUAUUGGUGCUGGAGAUUGUUUUGUUCAUAAUUCAGAAGCCAUUCAUCAUCACAACGAUAAUGAUUCCACUUCUGAGAUAAAACCUGAAAUUCCAUUAUCCUGGAAUGAAAAACAUUCAGCUUAUCCUACUAAUUUGCCAAGUUCUCUUUCAUCUGUGGUUAAGGGUACAGGUUCUGUUCAACAAGUCAUUCAGCAUAAACAUGUAUCUACUCAUUCUCUGUUUUCAUCUAUGUUUGCUGCACGAAAGCGGAAACCUAUCCAAUAUCGAAGCAUUAUAUCUGAUAUAUUUGAUGGAAAAAUUUUGAGCUCAGUGCAGUGUCUUACAUGUGACACAGUUUCUACAACUAAAGAAACAUUCCAAGAUUUGUCUUUACCAAUUCCUAAUAAAGAUCAUUUGCACAUGAUUCACGCAUCUCAAGGAAGUCAGCAGAAAACUGGUGUAUGCACUGAUGUGUAUAGUCAUCAAGGAUGGUUUAGCUCUUUCUUUAGUUGGAUGUUAAGCUGGUUUUGGGGACCAUCUGUCAGCCUGCAGGAUUGUCUUUCUGCAUUUUUUUCUGCAGAUGAAUUGAAAGGAGACAACAUGUAUAGUUGUGAAAAGUGUAAAAAGCUUCGAAACGGCAUUAAGUAUUCCAAAGUGAUUGAAUUGCCGGAGAUUCUCUGCAUCCAUUUAAAACGUUUUCGACAUGAAGUUAUGUACUCCUCUAAAAUUGGUAGCUAUGUUUCUUUUCCAUUGGAAGGCUUGGAUAUGUCUCCAUUUUUACAUAAAUCUUAUCCUCGUGGUGUAACGACAUAUGACUUGGCCUCUGUUAUUUGCCAUCAUGGAACUGCUGGAUCUGGGCAUUAUACAACCUACUCAUUAAAUUAUUUAAAUGAACAGUGGUAUGAAUUUGAUGACCAAUAUGUUACAGCUGUUGAUGCUGAGAUGGUUAGACAUUGUGAAGCAUAUGUUCUCUUUUAUCGAAAAACAGGAGAUGAAAUGGUGAAGAAACGGCAGUGCGCCGUUGAGCUUAUGGAACGCAGUAGAAAUGAACAAGGACUAUUGAAAUUUCAUAUUUCAAAACAGUGGAUCAAUAAAUUUAAUAAUUUUGCUGAACCUGGACCAAUCACCAAUACAGAUUUCUUGUGCAUUCAUGGAGGGGUACCACCUCAAAAAGCAUCUUAUGCGGAUGAGUUGUGCACUGUUAUGCCUCAAGCAGUUUGGGAAUACUUACAUGAUACGUUUGGUGGUGGACCUCCAUGCACUCAUUUGUACAUAUGUCGUGUUUGUCAAUCAGAACUAGAUAGUCUCACGCAAAAAAGGAAGCAAGAACUUGAAGAUUUCAUAGCUAUGAAUGCUAAUUUCCAGCAUAUGGAAACUCCCACUGUUGUGUUUGCCAUCAGUAUGACCUGGUUUAAGACAUGGGAAAAUUUUGUCUGCAAGGAAGGUGAUCCUCCUGGCCCUAUUGACAACAGUUCAAUUUGUUAUGUGAAGAACAAUCAGGCAGUUCUGAAAUUAGGCUCUGACUAUUGUUCAGUUUCCAAAGAAAUGUACCAAUAUCUUCAAGGCAUUUAUGGUGGUGGACCUGACAUAGCUUUA